GUUGUUCUAUCCGAGCUGUAUCGCUUAUCUUACAUAGCUCAGCCCACUAAUAUCCCCUUAACUAGGGAUUGCAGGCUGAACUAUUUAUUGGCGUAUCACCGUGAGAAAGACAUAUAUCUCGGUGUGGGUAUCCUGCCGCGUGUCCUGUUACUCGCUAUGAUCGCUGCCGCACCAUAAAUUCCGAGCAUAAUGCCUAGUAUCCGAGUUUUGAGCCGGGAUCACCCCGAACGCUCUCUGGUGCUAGCCACCUCCGACGAUGUCUUGAUUUUCCGGUAUAGCUUAGGGGAAUCGGGGCCUGAAGAAUACCGCUGUCUGGUCGAAUUCGCAAGUUUAUCCUCCACAGACUUGACGGGUUACAAAACUCUAGGUCACGGUUAUGGCACUCUUGGAUUGAUUACUCUUGAGCAGGAUAUUUUUCUCUGCAUUGUUUCUCGCUCCUUAGAGGCAGCCACAGUUAGACCAGGAGAAACUGUCCAGAGAAUCGAAGAUGUAGAUUUCUAUUGCUUGAAUCGUUCGGAAUACGAAUAUCGACUGGACUAUGAGCUCGAGUCUUCAACUGCUGUUGAUGAAUAUAGCUCUGCUUCCGGUCUUGAGCCUAAAUCCGGAUCGGCUGAACAUCCUUUUCUAGCUCUCAAGAAACUUCUCAGUGAUGGGAGCUUCUAUUACAGUCUCGAUUUUAAUCUCACUGAUCGGCUGCAAGAUCGUUCGGAUAAGACGACUGCAUUCGACAUCGAAUCUCUAGAUAAGGAUGUGUUAUGGAACUCGUAUAUGAUUGAACCACUCCUUGUCUUUAGAUCCCAGCUAUCCCCCCAUGAGAAGCUGCAUCUCGAUUCUUGCCAGAUCCUGACAUGCGUGAUCCGAGGAUUCUGCGGCACAUUAACUAUUCCUGCAUCUGUUCGCAUCCUGAAUUCACUGCAGACUAACUUACCGUCAAUGUUGACAUUGAUUUCACGUCAGUCUUCGCGUCGUGCAGGCACGAGGUUCAAUGCCCGUGGGAUUGACGAUGAUGGCAAUGUCGCGAAUUUCGUCGAAACCGAAACAAUCUUGUGGGUCUCUCCAGGUCUUGCGUUCUCCUAUGUUCAGGUUCGAGGUUCAGUGCCAGUAUUUUGGGAACAAGCCACCGGUUUCCUACCGGGGCAGCAGAAAAUCGAAGUAACCCGAUCUAUCGAGGCCACCCAGCACGCCUUCGACAGACACUUUGAGGCUCUUGAGUUGGAAUAUGGCGCCGUCCACAUAGUCAACCUUCUCAGCGAACUAAAGUCGGGCGAAUUCGAACUCUCCACACGGUUCAGAGAGCAUGUUAGAAGGAGCCCGCUGCGUCACAGGGGAGAAUCCAAGAAGUCAUCCGAUCACGAUUUGUUACGGAUGACGGAAUUUGACUUGAAUGCUGAGGCUCGAGGACCGUUAGGAUAUGGAGCUGGCAGCGAGAUCAAGCACGAGCUUGUGCAUUCAUUACAUGGCUUCGCAUAUUUCCUUUCCGAAAAACUCAAUGGAGGAAAUAGAACCGCACCCGGAAGCUCUUCCGUGAUUUUGCAACAGGAGGGUGUGUUUCGAACCAAUUGUUUAGAUUGCCUUGAUCGCACAAAUCUCGUGCAGACCAUUAUCAGCUCAAUGGCCCUUGAGUCAUUCUUACUGCAGGAAAGUGGAACUCUGAGCUCUGAAAUUAAUCUAAAGCAUUCAACCCUCUGGGCUGAUAAUGGGGAUGCUCUGUCCAAGAUCUACGCUGGCACCGGUGCUCUUAGAAGCUCCUAUACACGGCACGGAAAGAUGUCUCUCGCUGGUGCGCUUGCAGAUGCACGCAAAACUGCUGCAAGGCUUUACAUCAACAACUUCUCGGACAAGGCUCGUCAAAAGACCAUUGACUUGUUACUGGGCCGCCUACCAAGUCAAAUACCGGUGGAUCUGUACGACCCAGUCAAUGAUUUGGUAUCCAGUGAACUUGGUCGUAGAGCAUCGGAGUUCACCUCCAAGAAGUCAAUCAACAUUUGGGCCGGAACUUUCAAUGUCAAUGGACGCCUACAAGGCCCCGAUAUUGACCUCACUUCUUGGCUUUUCCCCGAAGCCAACGAUCAAUAUCCGGAUCCAGUCAUUUUUGCGGUUGGAUUUCAAGAAAUUGUUGAAUUAAGCCCACAACAAAUCAUGUCAACAGAUCCUACGACCCGUCGAUCGUGGGAGAUUGCGGUUAGGGACUGUUUGAAUUCACGUGCAACAGCAAAGGGUUCUGAGAAAUAUGUUCUCUUACGGACUGGUCAGCUUGUUGGGGCAGCAUUGAUGAUAUACGUGAGAGAAGAUGCAUUGAGAGAUAUAAAGAAUGUGGAAGGCAGUGUUAAAAAGACUGGGCUUUCUGGAAUCGCUGGCAACAAAGGCGGUUGUGCCAUUCGCUUUGAGUUUUCGAACACUAGACUUUGCUUUGUUACUGCUCAUUUGGCAGCUGGGUUUGCAAAUUAUGAUGAGCGAAAUAAUGACUACGAAACCAUCGAUCGGGGGCUUCGCUUUCAGCGGAACCGGGCCAUCGAAGACCAUGACACCAUCGUAUGGUUGGGUGAUUUCAAUUAUCGGAUUGGUCUCGGCAAUCAGAUCGUGAGAGAUCUUGUGGCACAAAGCAAUUACCAGAAGCUUUACGACAACGAUCAGUUGAACUUGCAGAUGCUAGCAGGGAGAGCCUUUCAGUUCUAUAACGAAGGUCCCGUUACUUUCCCACCGACGUACAAGUACGAUGUGGGCACCGACACCUAUGAUACAUCAGAGAAAGCACGUAUACCCGCAUGGUGUGACAGGGUUCUGUGGAAGGGAUCCAACAUUCGCCAACUAAACUAUAAUGUCACUGACCUACGACUCUCGGAUCACCGCCCCGUCUGGGCUUUUUUCGCAUGCAUGAUCAACAUCGUUGACGAGGGCCGGAAGGAGAUCCUUAGACAGAAAAUUUAUGCAGAGCGACGGUGUCCUCCGCAUGACUUGCUGGCAGACCCGCCGCAUCAGGCGGGUAUAGGAGAUGGAGAUCUCAUAUCGUUUGAGUCGAUCUCUCCAGGUCUCCCGCCCCCCAGCUCAGACCACCAUAAAUGGUGGUUGGAUAACAGUGCACCAGCAAAAUCCCUAAUACGGCCCCCCGCUGAGGGAUAUACCCUAAAUCCCCACCGUGGAUCGAACCCUUUCUCCCCCCGACCCAGUGCCGAUUGGGUCCCUGCUCCCAACAUGGCUAGCAGACCGAAACUUGCAGAAUAUGGCCGUGUGGGCCUCGAUAGGCCCCCAGUUCCACCAAGAACAACGGGCCCCAUCACAGCAGCGAAAACUGGAAGUGAGGUGUACAGCCACGCAAGAGUCAAUGAAGGCAUGAAGAAAUUCUCACCGCCAAUUCCUCCAAAGCCUACCUCUCUAGGUACAAAGCAGAAUUCUGCGGCUCUCCGUAGAGCCCAAACUAUGCCGCAGAAUAUCGACUCCACCAGCUCGAGGGGAGAUACGAAUCUUCGGCGUCGAGAAAUAAAACCUACACCAAAGCUUCCGCCUGGGCACUCGGCCAGUAACUCCCCAGCGGCCCAGAAUCUCAACGCUGGGUAUGAUCUUAUGGAUAGUUCAGUCAAUCCUCCCAGUCAAUCGACUUCUUCUUCAUCAGGAGACAAACGGUGUGACCUUCUCGAUGAAAACGUCAAUGAGAACAUUGGCUGGAAACCCCUUAUUCCUCAAUGAUAUUUUAAACUGGAACAUAUAUCAAGGUGCUAGCAGCGUUCUUACAAUUCUACAUAGAAUCUUAUAUAAUACAUUACGGUAAUGAGGGAGAGAGAAAAAAAUCAUAAUAAAUACCACACCAAGUCAAGCCUUGUAUUGUUCAUCAGAGACAUAAUGCAGGCAUUGGCAAUCGAAGAAAAAAAGGUUAUCUCUUCCCCUACCUAGCCAGCAUUGGGCCAAGCAAAGAGAAAGAACAAAGAAGAUGAUUAUAUAUAUACACAUAUAUAU